AUGUUUGAUGAUUUGAUACUUCUAGCUAAGGGGGGUAUUACUGUAUAUCAUGGAUCAGUGAAGAAAGUUGAAGAAUACUUUGCAGGUCUUGGGAUCAAUGUCCCUGAGCGUGUUAAUCCUCCGGAUUAUUUUAUUGACAUUCUUGAGGGAAUUGUAAAACCAGCCACAAGCUCUGGUGUGAACUACAAGGAACUUCCUCUCAGAUGGAUGCUGCAUAACGGGUACCCUGUACCACCAGACAUACUAGAUGCUUCAGGAGUGGCAGCAUCCUCAAUUGGAGGAAAUUCAGCUCAAGGAAUAAAUUCAGGUGCUGCUGGGUCUGACGGGCAGUCUUUUGCUGGAGACCUAUGGACGGAUGUGAAGACUAAUGUUGAAUUGAAGAAGGACCACAUACAACAUAAUUUCUUAAAGUCCAAGGACUUAUCUAACCGGAGAACUGCCGGAGUAUUCCAGCAAUACAGAUAUUUCCUAGGAAGAGUUGGUAAGCAGCGGCUACGAGAAGCGAGAAUACAAGCAGUAGAUUUUCUGAUUUUACUGAUAGCUGGAAUCUGCUUAGGAACACUUGCUAAAGUGAGUGACGAAACCUUCGGGGCGUCAGGAUAUAUGUACACCGUAAUUGCAGUUUGUAAGUUUGAAACCUUGUUAUUCUUUGCUCUAUCAUGCUCCUUGUCUCUUCUCAGCAAAAUUGCGGCUUUGAGAUCAUUUUCUCUGGAUAAGUUACACUAUUGGAGAGAGAGUGCUUCUGGCAUUAGCAGCCUGGCUUACUUUCUGUCAAAGAAUACAAUUGACCAUUUCAGUACAAUUGUAAAGCCGGUUGUUUACCUGUCGAUGUUUUAUUUCUUCAACAACCCAAGAUCUUCCUUCUGGGAUAAUUAUCUCGUAUUAGUUUGUUUGGUGUAUUGUGUGACUGGCAUAGCUUAUGCACUUGCCAUCUACCUUGAACCUGGCCAAGCCCAACUGUGGUCAGUGUUGCUUCCCGUGGUUCUGACUCUCGUUGCAAACCAGGAUACAGCAGAAGGAGGGUUUUUGGGAACAAUAGGAAACUUUUGCUAUACUAAGUGGGCUAUGGAAGCAUUUGUGAUAACAAAUGCGGAAAGGUUUGACAUGAUCACCCUUUCUUCAUAUGGAGUUAAUUGA